CAACACCUCACGUCUAUCCAUACUUUUGCAGUAUGGCACAACUCGAAAUGAUAUAAAACGGGAUUCUCUAAUCUACAGGUCAAUUUACACGCAAAGAAAGAGCUAAGAGUAUCGCGUCUGCCAUCGAAUCUUUGCGCUCAACCCCUCUAACCUCGUAUACAAGCAAGCAUACACGUAACACCAAGGUCCAUCACCAUCACGACCGAGACACUCCCGCAAUGCCAUAUCCGGAUGACUACCCCAUACCUCCCGGCGUCCAUGCCAUCCCGCACCAUCUCCUCGACCUCCGCCCCGACUCCGAAAUCGACGCCGCAAUCCUCAACCCGCCGCCCGUCACCUCGCCCAAAAACAUCUGGUUCUACUGGAACACCGGCUACGCAACCAUGCACCCCUACGCCCAACGCACCGUCCGCGCCUGGCAUCGUCGUCUCUCCAAGCACGGCUGGACGAUCCGCGUCCUCGACCGCAGCGUGCCCUCCUCGCCAUCCCACAUCUCCGCCUUCGUCCCCCUAACCCCCUCCAACUUCCCCACCGCCUUCCUCAACGGCACCCUCACAGGCCCGUACGCCCAGCAGCACUACUCCGACCUCGUCCGCUGGCCCCUCCUGCUCGCCCACGGCGGCGUCUACGCCGAUGUCGGCCUCAUGCUCAUCGGCGACCUCGACCGUCUCUGGUCGUCCACCAUCGCAGACCCGUCUUCCCCUUUUACAACCCUCUCCUUCAACGCCGGCCCCUCCGGCCUGACAAACUACUUCCUCGCCGCCCUUCCGCUAAACCCCUUCUUCGCCCGCUGCCACACCCUCUUCCUGCGUCUCUGGGCCGAAAACGGCGGCAGGGAUAGCACGCUUGGGAUGCGCGAUAGCCCCUUGCUCGCUGGCCUGCCGCCCUGGGACGGUGCGUUCUCGCCGGACGUCAAGGCUCGGCUGGAGGACUAUAUCGCGCAGGGCCGCGUCAUGCAGCAUGUCAUGCAGAGCGUCGAUGCAGGCGAUGAUGCCUGGGACGGGCCUGCAUAUGUCCGUACACACGUCUACGCGCCCGACUACACGGAACACUCGCAGCUCAUCAACGAAUUCACGUCCUGGUCCGGCCCGCGCGCCUAUGCCCUGCUGAGUCUGCGUCUCCCGGGUGCAGACGAGGAAGAAGACGAAGACCACGCCCACGCCCGCACAAUCGUAGAAAGCUGCCUCUCCCGCAGUUUCGCAUUCAAGCUGGCCCAUGGAUUGAUCGUGAGUGUGCUAGGCGAGACGCUGGGCUCUUUGUGGCGCGAUAACGAGGGGAGUGAUGUUGGUGAGGGGACGUAUGCGGCGUGGCUGAGGCAUGGCAUGGUGUUUUGGACGCAGGAUGGGAUUCCGACGAGGAUGGUCUGAGGGGUAAGGGGCAAGGGGAUGGAGGUUUGUGAUAGAGUUGUAGGCUGGCAUGGGACGUGCGAGGUGGUGAGGUAGUUGACAUGUGCGUCAGUCAAAGGGCAUAAGGUAGAUAUCAAACUAGAGCCGUCGGCAUCAAGGUAGGUUAGGUAGUUCUAUAUGAGAGACAGCAGCAAUUAGGACACGUGACUGGAACUACAUACACACUCGCUCAACAGUGUGAGAUACCAGCUCUUGCCUCCUAUGUCGCUCCUGCCCCUUACGUAGCUCUUGCCCGCUAG